UAAUCCAAUGUCAGCUACCUGUCAGGGGGCGGUGGCUGUACAAUCCAUACAUAUGCGGUACGAUAGAAUGUAGCACAGAGAUUCCUUCCAGGUAGAUAGCUAGAGUAACACACUCACUCGGAAUCUUGCAACCCCUGAACCUUUCCUGAGGAAUUUCCUAUUGUCUUCAUAUUACUCUAUACCACAAAAUGGAUAUCAUUGUUCCGAACUAAAAUCUCAAGAAGUCAAGUUCAGCAGAUUUAGGCAUUAUGACGGCCGAAGCCCCCCGAGGCCGGUCCUAUCCUGCGCGGGAUUCGCCCGAGGACUUAGAUCUCACAGUAGGAUACGGCUCUAGUCACAAUGCAAGGACGAUCUCCAUUCCUAGCAACAAUGAAACCCGCCACUUAGACAGACACACCUACGUAACCGAAACGCUGUCUCCAAUUCGAGCCAAUACGAAGAAGGGGCGAGUAACCCACAGAAAGCUACUCCCUAUUAACGUAUUCAUGAUCAGUGUCAAUGCCACUCUGGGGACGGGGCUAUACUGGCGCGGCGGGCAGAUCUUGGAACUCGGUGGCUUUUUAGCAGUCAUCAUCUCGUUCUUAUCACUUGGGAUACUGUCGUGGCUAGUUACGCAGUGUAUCACCGAGCUACUAUGCAUCUGGCCCGUCCCAGGGGCUAUGUCCGUCUUCGUACGCGAGUUCGUGGACUUUGAGCUAGGCAUCACCGUGGGUAUCGCAUACUGGUUCACAUACUCAGUCUCCUUUGCCGCAUUAAUAGCGUCUACUGCGGCUGAGGUUCACUAUUGGACCAUGGAUGCUCAGGUUGGCAUCGAUGCUGGAAUACUAUAUCUACUUGUGCCGAUAGCCUUGAUAAUACUGAAUUGUUUUGGAAUUCAGGCGUAUGGAUGGUUAGAAGUAGUCACCGGUGUCAUCAAACUGCUCUUCCUCGCAAUCAUUAUUAUUGCGACGCUUGUAUUCGCUACUAAAAGUAAAGAAGGCGAGAAACAUAGCUGGUCGGAACCAACGACAUUCGACAGUACCGCAGCAAAGAAUUGGUUUUCUGCUCUGUGCAUAUGUUUAUCUACUGCAACAUUCGCCUAUGUCGGCGUCGAAGUUCCCGCCGCUGCGGCACUCGAGGCGAGGCCUACAAGGGCUUCAGCCCAGAAGCGUAACCAGGCCAGUAGCAUCGGUGAAACUAUUAGAUUCUCGUCGAAAUGGAUAUCGGUAUUCGCAUGCGCUGUAUAUACACUAAGCGGGAUCCUCGUAUCUAUGAGCGUCGACCCCACUGACUGUCGGCUCCCUCGACUUGGGUGGCUGAGUUAUGAUCGAUGUCGAACAGUCCAGUCAGCAUUUGUCCUCCUCGCAGAGAAUCACGGCACGGUACAGAUAGCAAGUGUCUUUAACGCAUUUCUUGUGUUUACUGCGCUGUCGUGUGCCAACACAAAUCUUUACGUGGCAUCCAGAACACUCUUCGGUUUGACCAACCAGAUAGACGGUGGUCCCGAUGAGUCUUGGUACUUGAACAUUCUUGCAUGGCUUGGACGCACUAAUAGCUACAGAGUUCCAAUCCGGGCUAUGACUGUAUCUGCCUUCGCAUUUAUCUGGGUUCCAUUCUUACAACUAUACCAGCCGUCCACGGAACCGGCGGAAGGAAACGGUCCUCAAAAAGGGGGUGCCACUGGGGGAAUAGAUACUUUCAUCACUGUCCUCUCCGAAAUGGGCUCCGUCGGAGUACUUAUCGCGUGGGCCUGCGAAUGCUGGGCAUUCAUCCGAUAUUAUAACUGCAUAAGCAAGCAUCGCGACGAGCUUGUAGAACGGAAAGUGUCGCGUGUUCAGCGCUUUAGUGACAAAGACGAUAACGACUACCCAUAUAUAAGCAACGGGCAACCACUUACGGCGUAUCUAGGUCUGGCAGGAUGCUUGCUCAUCCUUCUGGUACUCCAGGGGGCUUCUUUGUGGAACGGAUUCUACGUCGAGCCAUUUUUAUCAUCGUAUCUUCUAGUUGCCAUCUUCAUAUUCGUAUGGGUUGCUUUAAAGCUUUGGCGAGGUGCUAAGUGGUCAUUAGUCGACCUGGACCACCCAGACCGGGCGAUAGGCAUAAUCCGUGGUCUUCACGAAUUCAGCUACGCAGGGUUUCAGCCUGAACCUAAUAUCAACCGUCGUAGACGGUCAUCUAUGUGGGCCCUCAGACAGUAUUCCGCGCCCGCUCCAAACCCGUCAAGGGACGGCAAUUGAUGUAAAACACGCAGAGCAGUAUGAUGAGUUGCAUGUGGUUUUGGAUCCGGUGAUGCUAGCAAAGGAAGCCGUACUCGGAGGUUAUGCUUCGCUUUCUACAAAUAACCCGACAAAAUAUAAAGAAACCGGAUGUAUCAAGACGAAGUCUAUGAUUAAAAAGUAACGAAGUGAACUCUAUAUAGAUCAUGUGAUAUAUAACCGCUGAGCCAAAAUUAUAUUUCUUAUUAGCAC